AUGCUCCGGAGCGUUCUAGAUGACGAAGACCAACGUUACGAUAAGAUGCGCCCAAUAUCAACAAACCAAUGUUGCCGUACAUGGAUCAAGAGCGUAUCAUCAAAACCUGUGGCCAGAAAAUUCAAGGAUCGUCUUGUCGUUUACGUUCGCGGGUACCGCCGUGGGACGUCGGCUCUUCCGAUCAUUAGGAUGCAUCCUGCUAUCGGAAUCGCUGUUCCGCGAGGCCUCACCGUCAUACUAAUCCGCCUGCUCCACCUCGCGUUGCACGCCCGCGCCGCACUCAUCCUCCAAAGUCGAAUAGAAAGGGCUGCCGAUCAAAGGAACACCUUUUAUUACCUUUGGUACCCUCUCAGCUCGCCGUGGGCCCUCUAUCCGUUCGUGUCCGUCCUCAGUCACGAGGCUGUCAGGUGGGCGUUCAUCGUCGUUCCUGUGGUGGUCACCGUCAUCCUUCGAUAA